GUUUAGUUACUUCCUGUUGUAUUUGCUCAGCUAGUGAGCUAACAACAACACAAGUUGCUACGGGCUAGUAAUGGGAUUGAUGUUAUCAAUCAUUUUUACUUAUUGUUAACGUCGAUGUGACAUUUGAUCUCUCUGUUUUAAAACGUAGUCAGUUAGCAGGUUUGCUGACUGAUAAGCUGUUUCGCCAUAACUACUAGGUUGACGUUAGCUAACUGCUAGCGUUUCAAUCGGAAGACUGCAGGCAUGAUGGCGUCCAGCUACAACGCAAAGGAGGAAGACGGGCAUCACCCUGGAGCCUCUGGGCCAGGUGGACCAGCAGCGAACAGCAAAAAGCCCGAUAAUACAGCUUUUAAACAGCAACGAUUGCCAGCUUGGCAACCUAUUCUUACAGCAGGCACCGUUCUUCCUGCAUUUUUCGUAAUCGGCCUUAUAUUUAUUCCUAUCGGAAUCGGUCUCUAUGUCACGUCAAAUAACAUCAAGGAAUUUGAGAUUGAUUAUACGGGGAUCGACAUGUCCAGUCCCUGUUUCAACUGUUCUCAGAACUUCAGCUGGAAUAGCACUAGACCAUGUAAAUGUUCUCUUCCCUUUACUUUGGACCAACCGUUCGAGAGUAAUGUCUUCAUGUAUUACGGCCUGUCAAACUUCUACCAGAACCAUCGCCGCUAUGUGAAAUCCAGAGAUGAUAGCCAGCUCAAUGGAGACACUUCCUCUCUCAAGAGUCCUAGCAAGGAAUGCGAGCCCUACCGUGAAUCCAGCGACAAAAAGCCAAUUGCCCCUUGUGGCGCCAUCGCCAACAGCAUGUUCAACGACACUCUGGAUUUGUACUACAUCGACCCGAAUGGCACUAGAACACAAAUUGUCCUUGUGCAGAAAGGUAUUGCGUGGUGGACAGACAAACACGUGAAGUUCAGGAAUCCUGGAGGCAGUAACGCCAACCUCACAGCCAGUUUCCAAGGUACCUCAAAGCCUUUGAACUGGAAUAAACCAGUUUAUGAGUUGAGUGCUGAUCCAGAGAACAAUGGCUUCAUCAAUGAGGACUUCAUCGUUUGGAUGCGUACCGCCGCCCUUCCCACCUUCCGCAAGCUGUACCGCAUCAUCCAGAGGACAAACAGCAUGACGCCAACACUGCCACGUGGAGAGUAUAUGUUGGAGGUCACCUACAAUUACCCCGUGCGUAGCUUUGAGGGCCGCAAGCGCAUGAUCCUCAGCACCAUCUCCUGGAUGGGCGGCAAGAACCCUUUCCUGGGCAUCGCGUACAUCACCGUGGGCUCUGUCUGCUUCUUCCUGGGCGUGGUGCUGCUCAUCAUCCACCACAAACAUGGCAACCGCAGCAGCAGCUCCGACAUCCCCAACUAGAUGGCGUUGUCGUGACCACAGCAGCAGUGGUCUGCAUGCUGGUCUGUCUGGCCAAGAGCAUGCAUGAUGAAGAAAGACUGUUGUGGUGCAAGCUUUUGCCAUUACGUCUGCUCUGUGUGCCUAUAUGUGUGUGUGUAUGUGCAUUUGGGUCGUCUGCUUGUGUAUGUUAAUUGACAGGAUGUCAGAGGACUAAGAUAUAGUUAAACUUGGAAGUGUAUUUAUUUUUUAUUCUGAUUCUGAUAUUGCAUUAUGAUGUGAUUAUGACUAAUGUUGUAUGCUUGAGAGGAAAUACUGGGACCUCCCCUUGGACAUUGUGCUGGUGUUACUACUGAUUGGAAUGCUCUAUGUCAAGGAAAUAAUAUAAAAAAAACAGGCUAUUCACAAGGGUUAUUUUAGAUACUGCCAUUAUGAGAAUGUUCUAUUCAGACAUUUUUUUACUGGUGUUCGUAACAAAGGAUGUGAACAGUGUUAUUUUGUGCCGUUUGAAUGAAUACAUGUCAUACUUUGUCAGUUUACAUGAUGUCCACAGUAGUGGCCAGCUAGGCUUUUGUUAACAUCUUUUAGAGGUGGCCUUUAUUCAUUUUACGUUUUUGCCUAGGUCACAUGCUGCCACUUUCUUUGCAGGGCUUUGCAAAUCUGUGUGCCAUAUGGAUUUAGCUGUAUGCAGGGUGUAAAGAUAAUUAAGCUGGUUUAUGUUAAAGGUCCCAAAAGAGAUGACUAUGUAAAUAUUUCAAAGUAGCAAGAGACUUUAAAAACAGAGUGAGUGAUCAUUUGUGAUUUAUCUCAUGAAGAUCUGGGGGCCUUUUAUGAUUAUUCCAUAUUUUAUUAUAUUCUUUUCACUGAGGUGGCAGGACCUGGAGUUUUUUUUUUCUGUUCACAACAUAUUUUGCACUUCUGCAUUGUCAUAGAUUUCCUUUAUCCAGUAUGCUGACAAAAAAACAAACAAAAAAACGUAAUGCCAGUGUGCAAUUUAACCCGUAUGUUACACAAAUAAAAAUUAAAUGAA